GUCAUUUAAUGUUUUGGAUUGCAUGUUUUCUAUUUAAUUUGAGGUUAUGUAGACGAUAAUAUAACACAAAUAAAAAUUUUACAAUGGGUGUCAGGGGUUUAACCACUUACAUUAACUAUAAUUCGAAUAGUUUCUUGCAUGACCACAACCUGUACGAUACCAAUUUAGUCAUUGAUGGUCAUAGUCUAUGUGCCCAGAUUUACAGAUCGACCAAUUCUUUUUCUGCUUUCGGUGGAGAUUACGAUAGAAUAGCUUCAUACGUAAAAGCUUUUUUCAAAAGUUUGAAAAAGUGCAACGUAACUCCGUACAUUAUAUUUGAUGGCAGUUACGAAACAAGAAAGUUAAGGACUGCGUAUAGCAGACUUAGAUCGAAAAUAAAUGGGGCAUCGCGUUUAGACCCAGUUACGCAAGGAAGUAUUCAGAUAUUCCCACUCCUAUUAAGAGAUGUUUUCAAAGAAGUUUUAGAUGAAAUGAAUAUUAUGUACACAGUUUGUGAAUUUGAGGCAGAUGGUGAAAUUUCAGCAUUAGCGAGAUGCCUUAAUUGCCCUGUGCUUAGUUAUGACUCAGAUUUCUUUAUUUACAAUGUUCAAUAUAUUCCAUUUAAUACAAUAGAUACAAAACCUAUAGCAGUAGUUGAAGGUGAUAAAAGGUUUUAUGCUUUAGAAUGCAAAAUUUACAAAGUUGAGUUUUUAACAAAGCAUUUUGGUGGCCUGGAUAAAGCACUCUUACCUCUACUAGCAACAUUGUUAGGAAAUGACUAUGUUGAAAAAAGAGUAUUUCGUAAAUUCUUUUCCCAGAUGAAAAUGCCAAAAGGCAAAAAGAGGCACAAUGAUCAACAGAGAUGCAUACAUGGCCUUUUCUUGUGGCUACAGAGUGAAACCUUAGACUCUGCUAUUACUAAAAUCAUAGGCAGACUUAAGAAAAAAGAGAAAAAUAAAGUUCUAAAUAUAAUAAAUGAAAGUAUAAAUGGUUACUAUAGAAAGGAAUGCAGAUCACUUAAGUUUUUUAAUUUAUCGUGUGAUAACAAUACAGAAAAUGAAAUUUUAAAAGUAAAAAAUAUUGACGAUUUAGAAGAUUUUUCUACUGAAGUAGAAGCUUGUGAUUCAACACACUCAAGUGAUUCUUCAGAUACUAAUGAUGAUUCAAAUGAUGAAUUUAAUGAUGGAGAUGAAUUGCUAGAAGAAAAUGAUCACCAGUUGCCCAUGUGGUUUGCUGAUCUUAUACGGCUAAAGCGUGUACCCCAUUGCUUUAUAAACCUCUACACUCAUCACUUACAUUAUUGCUCUCCACAAGCAGAAAACUAUACAGAAGACGAUGCUCAUCUUUGCAUUUUGCCCAUACUCAGAUUCGCUUUCGAUAUUUUAACAGACUUCUCUUUCGAAAAUUUCAUGUAUGUCAGCAGAGACAGGGAUUGUAACUAUAAGAGAAUGGUUAUUGGUAAUGACAUUGCAAUAGCAAGACCUUUGGAAAUACCUCUAUCUGAACUUACUCUGGAUCAAUUGCAUGGAUACUUUUAUAAGUUUUUCAAUGAGAAACUCCCUAAUUUUGACUUCAGUGUUAUUCAAUUGUUGCCAUCUAAUUUUCAACUUUUUGCAUUAUCAAUUAUAUGGUGGGUUUCGAACUGCGAAGUGCAUAUAGCUCAGGUUCACAGUUUGAUUUUAUGUUACACUUAUCUAGAAGCAAUUGAUGAAAAAUUGGGAAAUGCUAGAGGACACUACCAUUUUAAUAAUAAAUUUUCAAAGAAGUUGAUAGAAUUAAAAAAGAAACCAAUCACUAAUGCAGAAGACAUAGAAAUGUUGAAUAAGAAUAAGGUUCAGUAUGAUGAUAGCAUCCUUGCAGCUAGUGUGCUACUAAAAUAUUUCGAUUUGGAUGACAGUAUACGUAAAAAACCCAAAAGCUAUGAUUCGAACAGAGUACAUGUGUUUGCCCAGUUUCAGUGUUGCCUGCAGCAAAUAAAUUCAUUGAAUGUUCUUUGCGGUUGCCCUUUUCAAAGUACUGUGUAUUCAAAAUGCUAUAAUGGGAUAUUUAUUUAUAAUGUCUCGAUGAAACUGGAAAAUGAAAUGGAUCCCGUUUCGUUUAUUCAAAAUCAUUUGAAUGGUGCUGUUAGUGUACUUUGCUUUUAUAAGAGUUUAUUAUCGAUUUUAAACAGAUUAUUUACAAGUAUGGAUCUAUCUUUCAAACAGUUCAAUCCAGGUAGUAAAAAAAGGCGAAGGAGGAAAAAGAAUGCUGUGGAUGAAGAAAUUGCAUUUCUUAUUAAAGGUUUUGAAUCAGAUGUGAAAAUAUAAUUUUUUAGUAAAAUAUUU